AUGGAAAGAAGAAACCAAACAAGAGUCAGAAACUUUCUCCUCCUGGGAUUCCCAGGGAAGCCGGACCUGCAGCCCCUCCUCUUUGGGCUGUUCCUCUCCAUGUACCUGGUCACAUUUACCGGGAACCUACUCAUCAUCUUGGCCAUCAGCUCAGACUCCCGCCUCCACAUGCCCAUGUACUUCUUCCUGUCCAACCUGUCCUUGGUGGACAUCUGCUUCACCUCCACCACCGUCCCGAAGAUGCUGGUGAACAUCCAGGCACAGAGCAAAGCCAUCACCUAUGAAGGCUGCAUCAGCCAGAUUUUUUUUUUCAUUAUGUUUGGAUGCUUGGACAAUUUACUCUUGACCAUGAUGGCCUACGACCGCUUUGUGGCCAUCUGUCACCCCCUGCACUACACAGUCAUCAUGAACCCUCGGUUCUGUGCACUGCUGGCCCUGGGCUCUUGGUGCAUCAGUGUCAUUGGCUCCCUGCUUGAAACCUUGACUGUCUUGAGGCUGUCCUUCACAGACAUUGAAAUCCCACACUUUUUUUGUGAUCUUCCUGAAGUCCUGAAACUCACCUGUUCUGACGCCCUCGUCAAUAACAUGGUGGUGUAUUUUGUGACUAUCAUCCUAGCUGUUGUCCCUCUCUCUGGGAUCCUCUUUUCCUAUGCUCAGAUUUUCUCCUCUGUCCUGAGGGUUUCCUCAGCUAGGGGAAAGUUCAAAGCCUUCUCCACCUGUGGGUCUCACCUGUCGGUGGUCUCCUUGUUCUAUGGCACAGGCCUGGGGGUCUACUUCAGUUCUGCAGUCACUUCAUCCUCUAGGACAAGUCUGGUGGCCUCAGUGAUGUACACCAUGGUCACCCCCAUGCUGAAUCCCUUCAUCUAUAGUCUGCGGAACAGGGACAUGAAGAGGGCCCUGGGAGGACUCCUCAUGAGGGUGGAGACUCUCAGGAGAAGAGCUGUUACAGGACUCUCCUGA